UCCAGGUAUACACUGUCUUAGCAAGACAUGAAAUGAGUCUAUUGCAUUCGGUGAAUACUUCGGUAAUAUAUCCCGGUGUACAAGGAAAGUCACCGAAGUCUCCGGCAUCCAAGGUCGUAAGUAAAAAUAAAACAACCGGUCUCGAAAGAGCAUCUCUCAAUUAUCAAGAAAAAAGCUGGAGUGUUUGUAGCCAUGUUAGAAUGUCUCAUGAUUGGCAAGGAAGUUUCCGAGUUUCGGUGCUUAAAUCGGUUCAAAUAAGAAACAUUCAGGAUCAGCGAAACUUACAUGCGUUAACUAUAGACACUGCACAGGAUUUAUGGAAGCGUCAAGAGCAGCUUAAGUAUGCUAUUUCACGAGGGACACUCCACGUCUUUUUGUCAAUUCAUAUUCCCCGUAUGAGUUUUCCGGUUUAUAUUACUGAAUGUAGCGAGAACGCAAACCACAUUUUCUACAUAGACGAGAAGAUACGACGCAAGGUUUUCCAGAAAUAUCGGAAUCCUUCUUCGUUUAUUCUGCGAAGCUGGUGCUCGUCGCAUGCUGAAGGACCCUUUCGUUUGCAUCGAGAAUGGAAUAUUCAAAAAGGAGGACAGCAUUUUGUUCAUAUCGGCAAUGAUCCUAUAUCUGCCGUAUGCGAAAUCCGCAAUGGCCUGGUAUGUGACUUUGCGGACGGCGUAUAUCUCUAUACGGACCAUCGCACCGUUGAUACCGAAGAUAGUCUUGAUAAAAGUAUGUCUACGAUGUCGUUGGAUCGACGGAAAGACGCAUACUCUUCACAGGCCUUACUACGUAUCCUCAAUCUCUCUCAAUGUAUUCAUGAACUUGAGCUUACGCAGAAGAAAGUUCGUAAAGACCUAGUAACGAGCGAGACUCAGAUUUCAAAAAAAAGCCAUUGCUUAAAGUUUACCUACAGUAAACACCUUUUUCUUCUCUCUCAAUUGCAUUACCGUCUGUCGAAGUAUUUAGCAGCAUUUCAGAAAUUAAGCGAUGAUCUUCAAAAGAAAAAAGAUCAAGUUGCGCAUCAGCGCUCUCAAUUGGAAACGCAUCGAGCACUUUUAAAGUUGCGUGAAACUCAAUACCAGGAAGCUUUUGCUCGGUUAAAAGCGUUAUGGGAAACAAGUUCAGAAAUCCGAAUUCUCAUAGCUCAUGCAACCAGAUCUCACAUUAAGCAACUUUGCACUGUUUAUCCAGUUCACGUAAUUGAUGAUCAGCCCCGUUUAUUUACAAUACGUAACCUUCGGUUUUGUCUGCUUCCAAAUACAGUCCCUCCAGCGGAACUGGCUGCUGCGAUAGGCUUUUUGGCACAUUUGGCGUUUAACAUAUCUCAGUACUUAGAGUACGAUUUUCCUUAUCCUGUCUCUCCAGCUGGUUCUAGGUCCACAAUAUUGGAUCCUCUUUCUCCCAACUUAGUGAACCGUUCCUUUCCUCUAUAUCCCGCUGCACGAGCUCCCCACGCAUUUGAACAUGCUCUUUAUCUACUUAACCAUAAUAUUAUAUUUCUUCUGGCUCAUUAUGGCUUGCCUAACGAUCAACCAUCAGAUAUAAUGACUAAUUGUGAAAGACUUUUACAAUUUAUUCUUUCUGGACAACAUCUUUCUUUUGUUCAAGUCACAUCUGUUUUAUGAUAUUUCUGUGUUGUAAUGGUGUUAUUUUCUUGUCUCUUGGGAACAGCUGUUUCAUUUUAAUUAGCCUACUAUGUGCGCCUUUAAUUUAAUUUAUUACCCUCGUGUUCAUUAUUUCCCCAUUUUCAACUGCACAUAAACGUUAGUACAGCUUAGUUAUUUCAUUUACUAGAAUUGAAGUAAGUCUUUUAUCAUGAAAAUAGACAGAAAGAGACAGUAUUAUUUAUUAAUGAGUUUAGUAAAAU